UGGAAGCAGGCGUUCCUUCAACCACGUUGGUUGAAUGCCUUGCGUGCCGAGAGAGAUGCAGUUGAUGUGGCAGUGCCGAAGGAAGCUGCUGCGGUGGAGCUGGGGGUGGCGGUGGAUGGUGCUCAAGAUCUUGUGGCUCAACGGCGUGCACCCAGCGUCGCUCUUCGCUGAGGCCUCACACGAACGUAAUUAAGAUCCGGGGGAACACAAAAAGGGGCCUUUUUGAUUUACUGACAGAUGGAUGGAUGGAUUCCGUCCCUCCCUGUGUGGUGUGGUUGUUUCUGGAUGCGAUGCCUGCAGCACUCCAUGUCUACUUCAUCAGACAUGGGUCGGCUAGCUCAACCCACGACAUCCCACAUCUCUGUCUGUCUGUCUGUGAUGUGUGUGGUGGUCUGGUCGAUGUGGUCAGUGAGAAGCCCGCCGACCCCAUCGCCAACCUGCACCUCAGCGUCAAGGGGCAGGAGAGAGCGGUCAGCCAGUCAGUCAGUCAGUCAGUCAGACCACCACUCACACAUAGGCCAGUCAGUGGCAUGUGAUGUGUGUUGUGGCUGCAGAUGGCGUUGGUGCCCUUCUUCCUCCCCGGCUUUCGAGAGAAGGGCAAGCUCAAGAUACAGAGACCAUCAAUGGUACGGGGUGUACGGGGUGCAUGCCAAACCUGCCAAGCCGGCUACUGGUGCGCGUGUGUGUGUGUGUGUGUGUGCAGGUUGUGGCUCAGGUUGCGUCAACGCUCUUUCCCUCUGAGAGGUCCCACGACACGGCAAUCCCAAUCGCCGCCGCUCUGGGCAUACCCGUCAGGCCAUUUCAUCGACUCGAAGAGCCAAAGGUCACUCACACAUACACAGACAGACAGAUAGACAGAAAGGCAUACACACACUCGUCUGUCUGUAUGUGUGUGUGUAUCUGUGUAUCUGUGUGUGUGUGUGUGUUUGCCCCACCACAGGUGGCGCGUUAUCUGUAUGAGCAGGUGGUGGCCGCCGACAGGAACGACACGAACCUGAGCGUGCUGGUCAUAUGGGAGCACCAGGCCCUGCCCGUCCUUGUGCAGCAUCUCAUCAACCACCUCAUGGCACACGCAUUCUGCGAGGACGCCAAGAAGACCGCCAAGGAGGCCGCCAAGGGCCGCGCCGCCCUCUGCAGCCCAAACGCCACUCGCUUCAAAGACGUCCCUCCCCCUCUUCAAUCUCACCCACCGCCCCCCGCCACGUUCUUCGACUCGUUCGCCCCCGCCUGGGCCGCAGGGAGUAAUGUGACGGCAGUGAGUGUGCGGUCGCUGCGAGGCGAUGGCGAUGGCGGCGGCGGUGGCGGUGGUGGUGGGCGGCACUACUGCAUCCCCGACUGGCACGACGAUCGGUUCGAUUUGCUGUGGGACUUGAGGCUCUCGAAGGUCAAGCUGAAGGAUGGCAGGCCGCCGCCACACCCUCAGGGGGGAGGGGGAGAGGCCGAUGACGACGACAGUCGGUGGAAGGACCUUGGUGAUGGUGGUGAUGGAGAGGCCGACACAGAGACGGACAGUGAGGCCGGGGAAGGUGCUGGUGCUAGUGGUGGUGAUGGAGGGAGUGAGGAGAGUGAUGAGAGUGGGUUGUGGCUGCGUGUGUCGCUGGGUGCCUACUGUCAGCACCUGCUUGCAGACGACGCCAAGUGCAAACCCAAGCUGCACUGGCAACACAUCUGCCCACUCACAACAACCGAGGGUGGCUGGGGAUAGAUAGCCUGCCUGCCUGCCUGCCUGAGUGUCUGAACCCAUGUAGACUAACUAUAGUGGUACAAGGUAGGCAGGAAACUGGAUUCUCCCUCCCCAUUGGCUUGGUGCGUGUGGUGCCCCGCCCCGCCCCGCACACAUCAAGGGAAGGAAGGAAUGUGCCUAAUGAAUGAAUGUGCUUACGUUGCGUACGUAGAAUAUGUAACCAAGUAGGAGGUAGGUGUAUGCUAUGCCAUGCGGCCAGGUGGACAGUCUGUCUGUGUGCAUGUAUAGCCUUAGCAGGGAUGGUGAGGGUCUCGGUGUCCGUCAAACAUGAAUGGCUGGCUGCAUGGCCUGGUCGAUGGACAGACACGUGGCGUGGUUGAAAGCGGAUGGAUGGAUUGAUGGAUGACACUCUG